CGUCAGGCCCCUGGAAGGCGCUGUCGGGAGCAGCAGUGUGGCCAGAGGGGAGGCGAGGCAACUGCGGGCUCGGUCAGCGCCCGCUCGCUCUCUCUCCAGCUGCGGACCCUGAAAGCGCACCCAGGGUCCUUGCUGCCCACAGCCAUGACUUCUGCUUCCCCAGUGGGGGGCUCAACUGAGGCGCCCCCCAAUGCCACAAUGGAGGUGGUGGCCUGGUCUAACUCCAGCAGGCCCAAGAAUCCCCUGUUCUACCUGUUCGCCCUGCUGGAUGAGGAGCUGCACACCUCCUUCCCGGGGCUGUGGCUGGCGCUGAUGACCAUCCACGGUGCCAUCUUCCUGGCGGGGCUGGUGCUCAACGGGACGGCCCUCUACGUCUUCUGCUGCCGAACCGGGACCAGGACGCCACCGGUCAUCUACACCAUCAACCUGGUGGUGACGGACCUGCUGGUGGGCCUAUCGCUGCCCAUCCGCUUCCUGGUCUUCUAUGGCAGCCGUGGCUGCCUGCACUGUGCCUUCCCACAUGUCUUCAGCUACUUCCUCAACAUGCACUGCUCCAUCCUCUUCCUCACCUGCAUCUGCGUGGACCGCUACCUGGCCAUCGUGCAGCCGGAAGGCUACCGCCGCUGGCGCAGUCCCACCUACGCCCGGGCCGUGUGCGCCAUUGUGUGGCUGGCGGCCGCCACCGUGAACCUGUUGGUCCUGGGCGUGGAGGCGGACAGCGCCGCCUGCUGCCAGAUGUUUGCACUCACGGUGCUGGAGUUCCUGCUGCCGCUGCUGGUUCUCAGCGUGUUCACCGGCCGCAUAAUGUGUGCUCUGUCCAGGCCGGGCCUGCUGCGCCAGGGCCGCCAGCGCCGUGUGCGCGCCAUGCAGCUGCUGCUCGUCGUGCUGGUCAUCUUCCUCGUGUGCUUCACGCCCUUCCACGCCCGUCAGCUGGCCGUGGCGCUGUGGCCCGACGUGCCGCGUCACACCAGCCUGGUGGUCUACCAUGUGGCCGUGGUAUUCAGCAGCCUCAACAGCUGCGUGGACCCCAUCGUCUACUGUUUUGUCACCAGCGGCUUCCAGGUCACCGUGCGUGGCCUCUUCCACCAUCACAGUCCUGACUGCGUGCCCAGCACAGGCGAUGUAACCGGCAGGCCCAAGGGCUCUGGCAACCACCACGUCCUGGGCACAGAGCUGUGCACGGAGCCACACGCCUUCAUCCAGGCCCUGGCCAACAGGCCGGAGGCCUAGGUAGACUGCCAGACUCUGCCAAGAAGCAGGAGAGGGCUGGACAUGCAACUGCUCCAGGACCAAAGCCACAUCUGCACUUCCAGGAGCUUCACCUAGGUCUACUGGUGAUGGCUAAUGGCUGCUGUACGGUAGUUGACUAGCAAUGUCUGCCUCCACCCUAGGAGCAGGCUAGGUGGCCUCUGUGCCAUCAUCACAUGGAGAGAUAGAGAUGUCUCCGCCAGCAACUCUUUGUCAUUUGGGCCAUUCUGUCCUCAGAAAAGGGGACAAUGCUUUCUGUUUGUUUUGAGGUACUCGGAAUUCCAAAGAAGGUCAAAAGGACCAUCUCAAGGGCUCCCCACCCUCCUCCCACAUAGGUAGCAGAAUGAGGUCAAAGAGGCAGUGUCAGGGGGCACAGCCAUUGCUUGAGCACGCGUCAGGGGUUCAGAUCUCUGAAGGACUUCACUCUUUCCCUCCCCAGGAACCUGUGAAUUGCACAGUAAGAUGGCAUGAGCUCCAUAAGGCACUUUGCAGUGAGCAAAUACCUUGGUAUCUGUGUUGAGGCUUGAACCAACAACAAGCCCAUAGAUGAGGAGCUUUUUUCCACUCACCCAGAGCUCUGGCAGGCAUGCAGGGUUGUGCAUGGACGCUAUGACCUACCCAUGCCUAGGUCACAGUCAAAACCUAGUGCUGGCCCAGCAAGAUAGCUCAGCUGGGCAGUGCACCUGCUGGUCAUGUGCACAGCCAAGGUUCAAGCCCAGCCCUUGCCUCACUGGAAGUAGCUUUGGUGCUGUGACAUUUCUCCCUCUGCCUCUUUGUCUCCACCUGAAAAAGUCCGCCUGGAGUGGUAAAGCCCCAGCAACAACACCCAAUACUAAUUCCUCCAAAGCCAUCCACCUCACCUCACCUCACCUCAGGUGACUGCUCAAAUCUCCCCAAAACCUCCCUCCCCAGAAAUAAUCUUAUAAGACCCUGCCUUCUUCCCCCAUAAGGUCAUAUCCUGUGAAUAAGAAAAAGCCAAGAGUGAAUUCACAGGGAAGCUGAACUCAGGUCUCAAACUAUCCACAAAGGAAAGCUCUUUGCUCCCCAUCUGGCCUGGCUCAUCAAAAUUCCCUGCCUCGGGAGCCGGGUGGUAGCACAGCAGAUUAAGCGCUGGUGGCGCAAAGUACAAAGACAAGCUUAAAGAUCCCGGUUUGAGCCCCCAGCUCCCCACCUGCAGGGGAGUCGCUCGCUUCAUAAGCGGUGAAGUAGGGCUGCUGGUGUCUAUCUUUCUCUCCCCCUCUCUGUCUUCCCCUCCUCUCUCCAGUUCUCUCUGUCCUAUCCAACAACGAAGACAAUAAUAACUACAACAUAAAACAACAAGGGCAACAAAGGGGAAUAAAUAAAUAUUUUUUUAAAAUUCUCUGUCUCUUCUGGGGAAGGAGCAUUGCUCAGCAGCAAUGAUGGCAGAAUGCCUGGCUUCUCAGUUCUUGAUCACCUCCUCUGAACUGGCUUCCGGGAUUACCUCCUUGCACCUUCUGACAGGUGUCCAAAUUACCAUUAGUCUUUUCUUAGCUGCGUUAUAGGAGGGGAACCCUAUGGUGGCAAAGACCCUGCAAGCAUCCCAGGCAUUUAAGAGCACCCACUCUUAAAAUUUUUCACAACCACUGAAGCAGUGAGAUGGAAUUUGGGCCCUGGGGUGCUCUACAUAGAAAAGCCCUACAUGCGUCAUGGUGCUGGGUAAAGCCCAGAAAAUGUUCUGGAUAGGAGACAGGAGGACCAUUCUUAUCCCUGUUUUACAGGUGAAUAAACUGAGGCUCAGAAAAGGCCACAGAGUAUCACUGUUGGACAAGACUGUUCACUAACCCUAACUAGAGCCCUGUAGGGUCAGCCCCUUGGACUGAGAAACUCACGGGCCCACUGGGGUGAUAAUAUCAGCCCAAGUGCUUCUGGCUGGAAGACUUGGUAUCCACAGAAUCCCAAGGCUGACUCAUCAGGGAGGUGUGUGUGUGUGGGGGGUGGAUGAGUCCUUCCUGGACUGCUUCCAGAGCCCCAGUGUCCAAGAAACAGUAGGCAUGGCCCCUCCAUGUCAAAUCUGUGCCCGGCCCAUUCCCACUUCUGGACUUUCCUGUAAGGUCUGAAGCCUCCAAAUCACACUUGUGCUCCUUGUCAUCCCCCCCCACACACACUCACACCCAUACUCAAAAGUCAACUGAGAUCAGGAGCCCUGGGUUCUCUCACUCCAGCCCAAGGGAAUCCGUCACAGAGACCACUCACUGCCCCCCUUGCCCCACCCAAGUCAUGUCUCCAUGUCACAUGGAGCAGGACAUGUCUCCCUUUUCACCUCUUUCUGGACUCUGAAUGUCAGGGUGCAGUGGGCAGGGAAAAUCACGGGGGGCAGCCUGGUGCAGGUGAGACCCAGCCUGAGCAUCCCAGGGGGCUGUAUCAGCUCUGCUCUGCUUCUGAUACAUGCGCUUUCAGAGUCCCUUCUCUCAUACCACAAGAGCCUCCCCCACCCUGGCCCAACAACCCUCCUGACACCCCAUUUCUGUAUAUAUGCAUCAAAGCUCUACCCUUCUGGGGCAGGGGUUUAGAAGGUGGGAAAACCAUUCACCAGACACUGAAGGGUCCCUCCCUGCUCUCCCACCACCUGUGAGACCUGCUGUCUCUCUUGAGCAGAAAUGGACCCGAACCCCUGACUGUGCCCAACCCCUACCCCUUGUCCCCACAUCUGCAGUCCCACCAUGCCAUCUGGUGGUUGCAAGAAUCUGGAAUGGGAGUGGGACAAUGUGGGGGUGGGGUGGGGGGCUUCCAUGAUCACAUUUGAGAGGGUGCCUACAUAUCUGUGAGGGCUGGGCGAGACUUUGGGAGUUCAGGUUCUGCCUCUGAGAGCUCAGUGAACACC